CAAGUGCUGAGGUGAUACCUGCAUUUAUAUGAGUGUGCUCAUAUCCUCACCAUCAUCAUUCAUCUGCAUCAUCAUGUUCUGUCGUUCUCUCCUGCUGGUUCUGCUGGUUCUCGCCUACCUUCAGUCCAUCACAAUGUUCCUGAGUCGAUGCUGUUUCAGUUACCAGACACAUCCAAUCCCUGUAAGACGCAUUAUAGCGUAUGAAGUAAUAGACCCUCGCUGCACAAAUCCUGGAGUCAUUUUUACUGUAAAUCGUGGUCUCCGUGUGUGUGCAAAUCCCACAGAUGAAUGGGUGCAGAAACUCAUGAAAAAAAUUGACAGCCGCUCGUUUACAAGCUGGGUCGAACCUAAAGUUUGUCCUCCCUCACCCAUUAGAAACGAGCCUGACAAAUCGGUUCCUCCUCCCUCAUCCGUUAGAAAUGACCCUGACAAACCAGUUUCUACUGCCUCAUCCAAUAUAGAACCUACAAGUCAUCCAGCUCAACAGGAUUACAUGCAGGAAACGGUGUUUCAACCAGAACCUGUUUCUACUCCCGAACCUGUUUCUACUGCCUCACCCGAUAUAGAAUCUACAAGUCCUCAGGCUCAACAGGAUUACACAGAGGAAUCAGCUACAAGUCAUCCAGCUCAACAGGAUUACAUACAGGAAACGGUGUUUCAACCAGAACCUGUUUCUACUCCCGAACCUGUUUCUACUGCCUCACCCGAUAUAGAAUCUACAAGUCCUCCAGCUCAACAGGAUUACACAGAGGAAUCAGAGUCUGACAAGACAGAUUCUCCUGCCGCAUCCAUUAUGGUACGUAAGUGAAGUAAUCGUACUGUACACUGUAUACUCUACACUAUACAGUAUUUCUGUCUGCAUUUUAGUAUUUAUAUUAGUGUACAUAUUAGUAUGGUUUAUUAUAGUCUUACACCACAGUGCUGUUGAAUUCUCGAUUCUGAUUGGCUGACAGACGUUCUGAGGUGUGCAGUUGGUUUUCAGUUAAUGCACAGCUAAAGUAGUUCCAGUCAGGUCUUCACCACAUUACAGUUCCAUAUCACUUC